AUGUACUAUGUAACUUCAGAGCUGCCAUAUCAAAGGUUAAAAGAUCAAGUAGUGUUAGAGCGAAUCCCUCAUAACUCUGCACAGUCGGAAGGGUGCAAAUUCUGCAGUUGCGAUAUCCUUAUUGCGAGGGGCAAAGGAGAAAUUAAAAAGCAUAUCACCACUGCCAAACACAUAAAGUUAAUAUCAACCAUCAAAUCGCUACCAUCUGUGGCGUCAAUGUUUGGCAAAAAAUCCAAAAAUAUCGACGAAAAGGCAAAAGAGGAUGUUUUACGCCUUGCUGGUUUUAUAGCGGAGCAUAACUUGCCAAUAAGAUUAAUGGAACAUAUUCCGAAUUUAGUUAAAAGUAUUUGCACAGAUUCUGAAAGCUAUCAAAUGUAUUCGUACAAAAAUGACUAACGUAAUACGAAAUGAUACCGGCGAUUGAUUUACACAAUAUAACGCCUUAACCCUUUAUUUUACGGAGCAAGCUUAUGAAGGAGUGUUGCAAGCCGACAAUAUUUUAGAAAAACUUAAAAAACCAGAGACAAAACUAUACCUUGAUUUUUUGGCAUAUAUAUUACCUUUAUUUAACCGGCUAAACCUUUUAAUGCAGAGUGAGAAGCCACAGCUACAUAAAGUAUAUGAAGAAGUGACAUGUGUGUUAAAAACCAUAAUGGACUGUUUUAUUAAACGAGAUAUUUUAGAGAACAUCAUGGUGUAUGAAAUUGAUUAUAAAAAUCGGA